AUCGUUGGUUUCAGUGGGAGGAAUAGUGCCCCAUCAUUGGUAUCAGUGGGAGGAAUAGUGUCCCAGCAUUGGUGUCUGUGGAGGAAUAGUGCCCCAUCAUUGGUGUCUGUGGGAGGAAAAGUGCUCCAUCAUUGGUAUCAAUGGGAGGAAUAAUGCCCCAUCAUUGGUGUCAGUGUGAGAGGAAUAGUGCCCCAUCAUUGAUGUCAGUUGGAGGAAUAGUGUCCCAGCAUUGAUGUCUGUGGGAGCAAUAGUGCCCCAUCAUUGGUGUCUGUGGGGAAUAGUGGCCUAUCUUUGGUAUCAGUGGGAGGAAUAGUGCCACAUCAUUGGUGUCAGUGGGAGGAAUAGUGCCCCUUCAUUGGUAUCGGGGGAGGAAUAG